AUGGAGCCCAUGUUCCACUCCAGAGCGGCCAUCGAGGCUGGCGACAUUGUCAUCAUCUUCAUGUCUCGCGACAACAUGACCGCCAUCAAGGUCACUCCCGGCGAGUCGUUCCACAACAAGUUCGGCAAGUACAAGCACGACGACAUGAUUGGCAUCAAGUUUGGCUCCAAGAUGCACUCGCCUCCCCCUCAGUCCGGCUACAUCCACUUGCUCCGCCCCACCCCGGAGCUGUGGACUCUCUCCCUUCCCCACCGCACGCAGAUCCUGUACAUGCCCGACAUUGCGUACAUUACCAUGCGCCUGGGUGUGCGUGUCGGUGGAAAGGUCAUUGAAGCCGGUACCGGGAGUGGCAGCAUGACCCACAGCAUGUCGCGCGCCGUCGGCCCGCGGGGCACCGUCUGCAGCUUUGAGUACCACAAGGCUCGCUUUGAGAAGGCUGGUGAGGAGUUUGAGGAGCACGGUCUGAAGAACGUUCGCCUGCAACACCGCAACGUCUGCAAGGAGGGCUUUGGUGACGACAUUACCGACGCGGAGGCUAUCUUCCUCGACUUGCCUGCUCCUUGGGAGGCUAUCCCCUUUGCUGUCAAGGCACUCAACCCCGACGUGAUGACUCGCAUCUGCUGCUUCAGCCCCUGUAUUGAGCAGGUCACCAAGACUGCAUCCGCCCUCCGUGCCGAGGGGUUCACAGAUGUGUCGACCCAGGAGGUGCUGAUCCGCACUUACGACCUCGCUCCUCCCCCGACAGUCGGCUCCAACCACCUGGUAGAUGUGUCGACUAUCACCAACAAGUUGCGAGAGCACGAGAGGCGCAAGGAGGAGCGCCGCACCAUGCAGAUGCGUAACGCUCGCCAAAAGGCGCGGGAGCAGAAGAUCGACACUGCCAUCAAGGAGGGCAUGACUAGGGAGGAGGCUGAGGCCACCUUUGAAGAGGACGACCUCGCCAAUGCCGCCGCAGCUGGUUCAGGUGAUAAGCGCAAAGCUGAGGGCCCAAGUGAUGAUGGCGCCGAGAAGAAGCUUCGCGUAGAUGAGGAUGUCACCGAGAAGCCUUCGGUUGUCGAGGAAUCGAGUAACGCUACCGUGAAGCCGAAAGAUUCGACCGAUGGACCGAGCGCAGGGUCGUCGUCAAGGGACCCAGAGCCGCAUGUGGCGUGGUCCUCCAUGGUGCUCACCAAGCCUUCGCCCGACAUGCGCGGCCACACCUCGUACCUCACUUUUGCGACAUUUUACCCGGCGUCGAUCCGCACUAAACUUGCGGCCCAGGACAUUGCCACUGAGCCAUCCACUCGCUUAGGAACACCUUCUGUCGCUGCCAAGGGAGGUCGUGUCGGCGAAUUGGCUGGAGACGAGAGUGUGGCGGAGACCCGGUCCGGAAGCGAGGACCUGGAGGUCACCGCCGAUGUCGUGAUGGCGUCGGCCACAGAGGAGGAGCUGGUUGCCGGAAACCUGUAA